GCGCGCUUUCGCCGCCUGAGGGUGGGAGAAGAAAUUGUGAAAUAGGAAUCCUGUGUUUGCUUAUUUACGUUGCCACCUAUUUCUCCACCCUAUUCUCUUCGGGUUUCCUUCCAAAUCAAAUCAUCUGCCCUUCUUUUCCUCGGCUUCCUCAACCCCGAGGACUCAAAAGAGGUGGAAAGCGACUCCGCCUUCUUAUGAAUAUGCAACAGCAACGGGUUGGGAGGAAGCUUGAGAGAAAAACGCUGCAAGAAAUUCAACCUGAGCCGGCCUGAAACGCCUGUGGCAGGCCGCCCCCCACACCCCGUCCUUCGGGGGCCGUCAAACAAUAGCACAGCCCGGGGCUCGGAAGCCGAACUCGCCGCCGAGGACGAGCCCGCGGAGCCGUUCAUCGCCAGGGAAGUGUGGCAUCUGAACAGAGCCGAUCUGAACUCGCCAGGGAGUCGGCGGUCGGACGGAUUAACCGCCUCCGGACGGCGCGGCCUGAAGGUCCAGCCCUUUGUCGUGCAAAUGAGGAGGGCGCAGGGCCCCUCGGGGCGGCUCUCGCCCAGGCCGAAGUUUCCCGUCGCUUCUCCGUGACUCCUUCCCACUUUGAGCUCGGCGCGGGAUGGUGAGGCCCCUCCGAAGGCUCCCCUGCUAACCUGGAGGAAUGCUGAGAAAGAACGUGUCCUUAAGAGUUGCCAGUGCUCCAGACCUGGCUGUGGCCACAACCGAGGAGCCCGAUGCGCACAGCACGUGUGACAGCCAGGCCGGCGGCCUCGGAGGUGAAGGGCUGCACGGGGGGCGGAUGCACACAAAUGCACACGUGCGUCUAAACCCUGCUGCCCCGUGGCCACGGGCUCCUGGCCCCAAGAACAUGACAUCAGCCCAGAACGGCCAUGGGCGAGUUGCUGCAGUCCCAUCUUCAGUCUCUGAUAUGAAAGACCCCAAAAUGGUGACUUAUCCGGCGUGUCAGAAUGGAGGCUGCAGCAGCAGCCACAGCAGCGAUGUGGAAGCGCCGGAGGCCAGACUCAGCCCUGCCAAGCUCGUGCGCCUCUUUUCCGUGAGUCGGAGGAGGAUGGGUACCAACCCCGAGAGGCCCCGCUCCAUGGUCCUGAUGGGAAAUUCCUCCACCUGGAACGCCCUUGCCUCCUUUCGGAAAAUGGGAUCUUUUAAAAAGUUGAAGUCCUCCGUCCUUCAAGGAAUUCAGAACCGAGAGGGGUCGGAUGCGUCCAAGGAAGGUGCCUCAGAACGUGACCUGGGGAAACCCAUCACUAACGGUGCCGCCGUCGGAACCCAAGCAAGCCGGUGCCCUUCCUCGGGACCAGCGAGCGACGCCCACAAGCCGGCGCUGGGGGCCGCGUCGGACUGCUCGGACCCCGAGGAGGCCGACGACGCCUUCCAGAGGAGCACCCACCGCUCCCGCAGCAUCCGCCGCGCCUACGGCCUCGGCCGCAUCAGCCUCCUGGACGCUGAGAAGCAGCAGGGGGCCCUCGUACGGCCCCUGUCCCCAGUCAUCCAGGAGCCCACGAUGUGUGAGAUUCUAGUGAAAGACUCUGGAAACAACAGCGUCAUCUACAGGAGAAGCAAGAGCACGGACAACCUAAACUUUCUGAAGAAAAGCUCCUUCAAACGGAAGUCCACCUCCAAUCUCGUGGACCUCAAGGUGGCGCCGGAAAAGCAAGCACCCCACCGGACGCUGAGCAGCUCCUCUGCUGACUCGGAAAAGUUCGGUGGCUCAGAGAGAAGGACGAAACGCUGGAAGAGUCCGAUCAGGGCCAAGGACUUUGACCGCGUCCUGCGACUGGUGAGCACGGCCACGGACGCGGCCUGGAGGCGGGAGCGCGCCAAGGGCGAGGCCGGCGCGGGGCCAGGGCUGCGCAGCGGGCUGCACGACGCCUACUCGCGCCGGGCGUCCUCCAGCGCCGAGCGCGCCCGGGGGCCCCGGCCGGGCAUGGAGACGGCCGGCUUCCCUCUGGACGUGAGCUCGCGGACGUCGCCGAGCGCCGGUCCCUGCGCCGGCAUCCCCUCACGGAGCCCGCCGGCCCAGGAGGCGUCGAGCAAAGACUCUGAUGCACCCAAACCUGGCAGCCAGUUUACAUUCGAACCCGAGCAGCCUCUCACUCCUCUUAGGCCCACCACGCCCAAGCCCCCCAGCCCUCAGAGCCCGGGCGCAGGAAAUGCCAGGUAUGCCCACAAUCUCAGUGCGCUGUCCCUGACUUCAGUGGACAGCGAAGAAAGGGGAGAGGGGCCUGCUCAGAGGGAGCAAGGUCCUGUGUCCUUCCAGGAUUCGGUGCAAGCCACAUGUGACAAGGGCAGUGAGGACAGCAGUGCCAGUAGCCACCCUCAGCUGAGCCUUGAUGGGACCCCCAGUCCAGAAGAAAAGGAAGAGGUUGUUACUGAGGAAUCCUGGAGGCGGGGCUCAUCACAGGAGGAAGAAAGGACAGAGGCUCAGAGGAUCACCAGGAGGAGAUGGGGUUCUGGGAGAAGGUCAAGGCCUCGACCGCUGUCUGACUAUGGCCAGUUGGCCAGCCGAAGUUUGUCUAUUCCUGAAGACUCAGUUGCUGUAGACCCCCAGAAAGAGGACAUUCUGGACAGUGACCACCAGCCGAGCAUGACCUCCACGGACCCUGCAGACCACAACCCUGCUGUGGGCGGCCCCAAGGGAAGCCGGAGAAGACGCCCCAUCUCUGUGAUAGGUGGGGUCAGCUUCUAUGGGAACAACCAGACAGAGGAAAUCGAGAAUCUUCUAGCCCAACCGGCAGCCAGGCCGCCCGUGCCAGCUCACCAGGUGCCCCCCUACAAAGCAGUUUCGGCACGAUUCCGGCCGUUCACGUUUUCCCAGAGCACCCCCAUUGGGCUGGACCGCGUGGGACGCCGGCGGCAGAUGAGAGCAUCCAACAUUUCUUCAGAUGGAGGUACUGAGUCCUCUGCCCUAGUGGAUGACAAUGGCAGUGAGGAGGACUACAGCUAUGAAGACCUGUGUCAGGCCAACCCCAGAUACCUGCAGCCAGGCGGGGAACAGCUGGCCAUCAAUGAGCUGAUCAGCGAUGGCAGCGUGGUCUGCGCAGAAGCCCUGUGGGACCACGUGACCAUGGACGACCAGGAACUGGGCUUCAAGGCAGGAGACGUGAUCCAAGUUCUAGAAGCCUCCAACAAGGACUGGUGGUGGGGCCGGAAUGAAGAUAAGGAAGCCUGGUUCCCCGCCAGCUUUGUCAGACUGCGUGUCAAUCAGGAGGAGCUGUCGGAGAACUCCAGCAGCUCCCAGGGCGAGGAGCUGGAGGAGGACGCUGGCAGGAGCCGCCACAAACACUCUGAGAGCAAGCACCAGAUGCGGACCAACGUCAUCCAGGAGAUCAUGAACACCGAGCGCGUGUACAUCAAGCACCUCAAGGACAUCUGCGAGGGGUAUAUUCGACAGUGUCGCAAGCACACGGGAAUGUUCACUGUUGCACAGCUAGCCACCAUUUUUGGAAACAUCGAAGAUAUUUACAAAUUCCAAAGAAAGUUUCUGAAAGACCUUGAGAAACAGUACAAUAAAGAGGAACCUCACUUAAGUGAAAUAGGAUCCUGUUUUCUUCAACAUCAAGAGGGCUUUGCGAUCUACUCCGAGUACUGUAACAACCACCCGGGCGCCUGCGCGGAGCUGUCCAGCCUGAUGAAGCAGGGCCGGUACCGACACUUCUUCGAGGCCUGCCGCCUGCUCCAGCAGAUGAUCGACAUCGCCAUUGACGGCUUCCUGCUCACGCCGGUGCAGAAGAUCUGUAAAUACCCUCUGCAGCUGGCCGAGCUGCUCAAGUACACCACGCAGGAGCACAGUGAUUACAACAACAUAAAGGCGGCGUACGAGGCCAUGAAGAACGUAGCCUGUUUGAUCAAUGAGCGCAAACGGAAGCUGGAGAGCAUAGACAAGAUAGCGCGGUGGCAGGUGUCCAUCGUGGGCUGGGAGGGACUGGACAUUUUAGACCGAAGUUCAGAAUUGAUCCAUUCUGGGGAGCUGACCAGAAUCACUAAGCAAGGCAAGAGCCAGCAGCGGACUUUCUUCCUGUUUGACCACCAGCUCGUGUCCUGCAAGAAGGACCUGCUGCGCAGGGACAUGCUCUAUUACAGAGGCCGCAUGGACAUGGAUGACAUGCAGCUCGUGGACCUGGAGGACGGGCGGGACAAGGACUGGAACCUCAACGUGAAAAACGCUUUCAAGCUCGUCAGCAAGACCACUGACGAGGUUCAUCUGUUUUGUGCCAAAAAACAAGAAGACAAGGCGAGGUGGCUGCAGGCCUGCAGGGAUGAAAGGAGGAGAGUGCAGGAGGACCGGGAGAUGGGAAUGGAAAUUUCAGAAAAUCAGAAGAAGCUCGCCAUGUUAAAUGCUCAGAAGGCAGGGCAUGGAAAGUCAAAAGCAGGCUACAGCGCGUGCCCCGCGGCGCCACCGCCCCAGAGCCUGCACCCGGUGCACCAGCGCCACGUCACCGUGCCGGCCAGCGUGCCGCAGCAGCAGGUCUUCGCGCUGGCCGAGCCCCGGCGGAAGCCCUCGCUGUUCUGGCACACCUUCAACAAGCUCACGCCCUUCCGCAAGUGACUCUGGCGCGCUCCGCCGCGGGGGAGGGGGCCACCUGGUUUCUUCUGCGCUAAAUCCAAGGGACGGA